CUUCCCAUUGCAGCCCCGGGUUGCUAUCACUUACGGUGUGGUUGUAACGCAAAUGCUGUUUUUAUAGCGCGCGGUUUUACGGUUUUGAAUUUUGUCUCCUCUUUGCUGCCAUUGUUUUUGCAGGUCAUUCUGCAAUCGGUAGAGAAGACAUGGCGAAUGUCCAACAUGAUCGAAUGCAGUUCUCAAAGGAGCCUUACAUUGAAGACGUCGGGCCCCGGAAAAUAAAGAGUAUUAAGUUUUCGAUGUUCUCUGGAGAUGAAAUAAGGAAAGCAGCCGAGGUGCAAGUUCACAAGAGUUCAUACUAUAAUGAACUCAGAAGGACAAUCGAAGAAGGAUUGUUGGAUUCACGAAUGGGUCCGGCAAGUAAAAGUGGUACAUGUAAGACAUGCCAUGGGAGUUUUGCUACAUGUCCAGGGCAUUUUGGAUAUUUGAAUCUUGCACUCCCUGUUUAUAAUGUUGGAUACUUUAGUGCUAUACUGGACAUCCUGAAGUGCAUAUGCAAGUCAUGUGCUCGAGUACUAUUGGAGGAGGAAAAACGUAUAGAUUUCUUGAGGAAGAUGAGAAAUCUCAAAUUGGAGGCUCAACUGAAGAAUAAUCUAAUGAAACAAGUAGUGAAAAAGUGUGUUGCCAUGGUAGCUAGUAAGAAAGCAGUGGAGUGCUCUCGAUGUGGAUAUAAAAAUGGUACGGUGAAAAAGGCCGGCUCUAUGUUGAGUAUUAUUCAUGAUCGCUCACAUGUUGGUGAUGGGAGUUUGGAGGAAUGCAACUCGGCAAUCUCUCAUACAAAAGAAUCAAAGGCAUCCUUUAAUGUGCUUCAUGUUCUCAACCCUAUUAGAGUUCUUGCCCUUUUUAAAAGGAUGGUGGAUGAGGACUGUGAAAUGCUUUACCUUUCAGAUAGACCAGAGAAGCUCAUUGUAGAGGACAUUGCAGUACCACCUGUAGCUAUUCGUCCUUCUGUUUUUAUGGAUGCUGGGAUGACAAGCAAUGAAGAUGAUAUUACUAUGAAAUUAACUAUGAUUAUUAGAGAAAAUGCUUCUCUGCGACAGAGUUUACGGGGCGUAGGUACAGGUCUACCAUUCAGAUGUUUGGACUCUUGGGAGAUUCUCCAGGUUUACGUUGCACAAUAUAUAAACAGUGAUGUUCGUGGCAUUCCGUCACAAUUGCAGCCUUCAAAGCCAAUGCGUGGUUUUGUUCAACGUCUCAAGGGGAAGCAAGGACGUUUCCGUGGGAACCUAUCUGGGAAGCGUGUUGAAUAUACUGGCAGAACUGUUAUUUCACCGGAUCCCAACCUUAAAAUUACUGAGGUGGCAAUACCAAUCUUAAUGGCUCAAGUUCUAACUUAUCCUGAACGAGUUUCCCAUCACAAUAUUGAGAAGUUGAGACAGCGUGUCCGCAAUGGGCCUCAUAAGUACCCCGGGGCUAAUCUAAUUAUAUAUCCUGAUGGUGCCAUGAUGCAUUUGAGGUUUUCUGCGCGAAAACGUGCUGCUGAUGAACUUAAACAUGGUUAUAUAGUGGAACGCCAUUUGGAAGAUGGGGACGUUGUUCUUUUUAACCGGCAACCAAGCUUGCACCGAAUGUCUAUCAUGUCCCAUAGGGCUAGGGUGAUGCCUUGGAAAACACUAAGAUUCAAUGAAUCUGUUUGCAAUCCAUACAAUGCAGACUUUGAUGGUGAUGAAAUGAAUAUGCAUGUUCCUCAAACAGAGGAGGCUCGCACAGAGGCUCUUAUGCUGAUGGGGGUGCAGAAUAACUUAUGUACACCAAAAAAUGGAGAAAUUUUGGUUGCCUCUACUCAGGAUUUUCUAACAUCAUCUUUCCUCAUUACAAGGAAAGACACCUUUUAUGACCGUGCUUCCUUUUCACUUUUGUGUUCUUAUAUGGGUGAUGCAAUGGACCCAAUUGAUUUGCCAACACCAGCUUUAAUUAAGCCAAUAGAGCUUUGGACUGGGAAACAAUUAUUUAGUGUUCUAGUGCGCCCUCAUGCACAUAUGAAGGUUUAUCUGAAUCUCACUGUUUUGGAGAAAACUUAUAGCAAAUCGGGAGAAACAAUGUGUCCAAAUGACGGGUUUGUCUAUUUCCGCAAUAGUGAACUUAUUUCUGGGCAAGUUGGAAAGGCAACUCUAGGGAAUGGCAAUAAGGAUGGACUUUUCUCUGUUCUUCUUCGAGACUACAAUCCACAUGCUGCUGCCACUUGUAUGAAUCACUUAGCAAAAUUAAGUGCACGGUGGAUUGGGAAUCAUGGUUUCUCAAUUGGAAUUGAUGAUGUCCAGCCAGGUGAACUGCUGAAUUGCCAGAAAAAGGCGAGGAUUGAGGAAGGUUAUGUAGCCUGUGAUGAGUUAAUACAGUCAUUUAACAAAGGAAAUCUUAAGCUUCAACCUGGUUGUGAUGCUGCUCAAACAUUGGAAGCUGAAAUAACUGGUGUGUUGAAUAAAAUCCGAGAGACAGCUGCCAAGGUUUGCAUGGAAGAACUGCAUUGGAGGAAUAGUCCUUUGAUUAUGUCACAAUGUGGAUCCAAAGGUUCUCCUAUCAAUAUUAGCCAGAUGAUUGCAUGUGUCGGUCAGCAGUCAGUCGGGGGUCGCCGUGCCCCUAAUGGAUUCAUAGAUCGAAGUCUUCCACACUUCCCUAGGAAAUCGAAAACACCAGCUGCUAAAGGCUUUGUUGCUAAUUCUUUUUACACUGGUUUGACGGCAACAGAAUUUUUCUUUCAUACGAUGGGAGGGCGUGAAGGUCUUGUUGAUACAGCGGUGAAAACAGCUGACACUGGGUACAUGUCUCGCCGAUUAAUUAAAGCUUUGGAGGACCUCUCAAUUCAUUAUGAUGGCACUGUCAGAAAUGCUAGUGGAGGAGUUAUUCAAUUUCUGUAUGGUGAUGAUGCCAUGGAUCCGGCACAAAUGGAAGGGAAAAGUGGUUUUCCUUUAAAUUUGGACAGAUUGUACUUGAAAGUGAAAGCUACCUGUCCUAGUAGAGACAAUGCAAGUUUGGCCCCUUCGGAAAUCUUAAGAGUUCUUGAUGAUAGACUUUCAAGACAUGAUAUGAACCCUGAGGGCGGUUGUUCUGAUGCCUUCAGAAAUUCUCUGAAGGAUUUUGUCCACAAACGCAUUGCCAUGUUUAGGAGCACAAGGAGAACAUUAGGACUGGAUGAAGAGCAUGUUCAGAAGGAUACUUCUUUUGUCCUAGAAAAUGUUGCUGCACAUAUAUCCGGUAUUACUUCCCGACAGCUACAGGUUUUGCUAGAGACCUGCAUUUCUCGUUACCAUAAAAAAAGAAUCGAAGCUGGAACUGCAAUUGGAGCAAUUGGAGCACAAAGUAUAGGAGAACCAGGGACCCAGAUGACAUUAAAAACUUUCCACUUUGCCGGAGUUGCGAGCAUGAAUGUCACACUUGGGGUUCCUCGGAUCAAAGAAAUAAUUAAUGGUGCCAAAAAUAUCAGUACACCCAUUAUUACUGCCACACUCGUGUCUAGUGAUGAUGUAAAAUCUGCACGAUUUGUGAAAGGUUGUAUCGAGAAAACGGUUUUGGGUGAGAUUGCAAAGGGCGUGAAGAUUGUAUUGACGGUGAGACAAGCAUCAAUAAUCGUCACACUUGACAAGGAGAGGAUAGCAGCUGCACAACUGAUGGUCUCUGCAGUCAGUGUAAAAGAAUCAAUUUUGCAACAAUCAAAAUUAAAAUUGAAGCCCCAGCAUAUUGAGAUCAUAUCUGAUAAUAAGUUAAGAAUUAUUCCACCUGAAGCUGAUAGAAGUAAGCUUCAUUUUCAACUGCACUCUCUUAAGGCUAUGCUUCCGAAGGUUAUUGUAAAGGGCAUAUCUACUGUUGAACGUGCGGUCAUCAACAAAGCCAAGGAAAAGUACAACUUGCUUGUGGAAGGGACAAAUCUUCUGGCAGUUAUGGGAACUCCAGGAAUUGAUGGACAUAAAACAACAAGUAAUCAUAUCAUUGAAGUCCAAGGUACUCUUGGAAUUGAAGCUGCAAGAAGGUGUAUCAUAGAUGAAAUACAGUAUACCAUGUCAAGUCAUGGAAUGAGCAUAGACAUACGCCACAUGAUGCUCUUAGCAGAUUUAAUGACAUAUAAAGGCGAAGUGCUAGGAAUCACUAGAUUUGGCAUUCAAAAGAUGAAAGAGAGUGUUUUGAUGCUGGCAUCAUUUGAGAAGACAGCAGAUCAUCUUUUCAAUGCUUCAGUAAAUGGGAGGGAUGACAAGAUUGAGGGAGUAAGUGAAUGCAUCAUCAUGGGUAUUCCAAUGCAAAUUGGCACAGGAAUGCUUAAAGUUAGGCAAAGGGUUCAACAGGUUUCAAAACUUAACAGUGGCCUAGACCCAAUUAUAUGCUGAACUGUAAUAUUGUCAGAUCUGCGGAGUUCUGCAAUUCUUUUAUGUGAUCUGAAUUGUGGAAAAAAUUUAUGAAAGUUUAUGUCAGACUGAAUACUAUCUCGCAACUGAUUGGCUAAUAUUCAAAUAGUUUGUUGCCAGUGUAUACUAGGUUUUGUCAGGGCAGAGAUGUAAGGAUGCAGGGCUCAAGUAAAUUGAAGGAGCAAGUUCUUUUUCCAUCUAUGUAUAGAAUAGACUGAAAUUUUAUUUUCCCCUAAUAAGCUAAACUGAUAUUCUUUUCUUUAUUCAUAUUCUGUAGAAGUGAUAAAGCUCCCAGUGUUCAUGAAUUCAUUUACAUUUGCAUUAUUCCCAUGUAUUACAUGCAACAAUCAAGUUUCAAACUUACACAAAAACAACUAGGUCUCAUAGAAUCUAUUGAAA